UCUGCAAGUGCCUUAAUAUUACAACCAACACGUCUCGAGAUCCUACCCAUCAUGCCCACUGCUGUAUCACCUCCUACCAACCCGCCCGAUCUCUCCAAGAAGCUGCCGAAACUCACGCCUCGCCGACGGCCGCAGUCGGAUGAGACGCCCUCGAAUCCACCACCACCAACGCCUAACCUUGCGCCGCCUCCAAAUCUCAAAGACCACAAUUUUACCAGACCGAGCAGACGCAUUCUCUCCGAGCGCGAUCACGAUCUCUUCACAUCAUCGGCAAGCCACGACUUGAUCAUCAGCUUCGUCUUCCACCUCUCAGAUUCGGUUCGCGACACCACCAUCUCUAGCAUACAAAAGUCGGAAGCAGCACGAGAUCCAGCAAUAGUCGCACUUCUCGCAGUGCUAGACGAUGCAGACCGUCUGGUGAAGGAGUGCCCACCCUUGGAUACAGGAUCACGAUUCGGCAACCCAGCUUUCCGAGACUUCCUCACAGCCGUUGACAACGCAAAACCUCAAUGGCAUACACAACUCGGCGUGACAGACACUGCCGCCCAGCAAGAAAUCUCCACAUAUCUCUCCCAGUCGUUCGGCAACGGAAGUCGCAUCGAUUACGGCAGCGGCCACGAACUGAACUUCCUCCUCUGGCUCCUCUGCCUUCGACAACUUUCUCUGCUCCCAACCCACCUCUUCCCGGCCCUGACUCUCCUUGUCUUUCCCAAGUACCUCUCCGUCAUGCGCUCCAUCCAAUCAACAUACUACCUCGAACCCGCCGGUUCCCAUGGCGUCUGGGGUCUCGACGACUACCAGUUCCUCCCGUUCCUGUUCGGCGCCAGCCAGCUCGUGGACCACAAACAUAUCCGCCCGAUGAGCAUCCACAACGAACUCAUCAUCGAAGAAUGCAGCAAAGACUACCUUUACCUCGACCAGAUCCGCUGGGUCAACGCGACGAAAACCGUGCAGGGCUUGCGGUGGCACUCGCCGAUGCUGGAUGAUAUCUCCGCGGCGAAGGGCUGGGCGAAAGUAGAGGGCGGAAUGAGGAAAAUGUUCCUGGCGGAGGUGUUGGGCAAGUUACCUGUCGCGCAGCAUUUCAUGUUUGGCUCGAUCUUGCCGGCCGCGGAGGGAAUGAGUAAGGACGCGGAGGAAAAGGUGGGAGAGGACGAAGUGGGUGAGGUGGAGGUCACGGUCGAUGGAAUGAGGCAUGUGCAUAAUCCAACGAGUUGGGGCGACUGUUGUGGGAUCAAGGUGCCCAGUGCGGUGGGCGCGAGGCAAGAGGCGCAGAAGAUGGGCCAGGGAAAUGGACUGAGGAGGGUGCCGUUCGAUUGA